ACAGUUAACGGCGUCGCUAAUUUCCAAAACCCCGACUUUUGCUCUGUGGAGCGGGAAACGGAGAGUAUGUAUUUCGGACGACGUCGAAUUCUGCCACAUCAGAAUGAAACGGCGGCGUUGCUGACUUGCUACAGUGUUUUCUGAGUUCUUCACGAGACGCCAUGGACGACGUUGAUCGCUUGUUUCAGUGCUUCAAAUGUGGCGUGUCUCCUCCAAAAUCUGCUAUCAGAGAAAGAAAACGGAAUAAAGAAAAAUUGAAGCAAGCAGGUUCAACUCAUGUGGCCUCUACAUAUUCUGAUGUUCAAUCUCCAGGAUCAGCUGGAGAAAGACAUCAAAACGCAAACAAUGUGCAGCCCUGCAUGAAGGAACUUGGUCCUAGAACAGUUGAAGCAGAGAGGUUUAAUUGUCACAAGCACAUUUCUCCAGUCAUAUUUUAUGGAUCUCCACAUGGUGUGCCUCCAAAAAGGCCAUCCAGUUUGUUGCGAUUAUUACGUGAAAUACGUGUUGAGCUCAGUGAACAAAAUAAAUCAGACCUGAGGGAGGAAGUAUGGGCUACAUUUCCAAGACAGGAUGAAUCAAUUAAGUUUGCACAAGGACAUGCCGAUGUGCAUAUUUUCAGUUAUCAGGAUCACUUGAAUGGACAAAGAAGAUUCCUGGUUUCAACAUACAAGGAGUUCUGGCAAAGGUACAAAAAUAUGGAUUCUAAGUUCCGCCAUCAUUAUGAAGUGAUUCAAGAGGGUUUCCCAUGUCACCUUUAUUUUGAUUUGGAGUUCAAUAAGAAAGACAAUGCAGAAAAAGAUGGAGAUGAAAUGGUUGAUCUCUUGAUCUCAGUUGUUUCAGAAGCCUUACUGGAGAAAUACUCUAUUCAAGUAAAUGAGAAAUGGAUAGUAGAGCUUGAUUCCUCCACUGGAGAAAAAUUUUCACGUCAUCUAAUUAUUCGCAUACCAAAGAUUGCCUUCAAGGACAACUCACAUGCUGGUGCAUUUGUUGCUGAGAUAUGCUCACAGAUUUCAAGUGCAGGGGAGGGGGAUGGAAAUUUUAAGAAGUUGUUUGUUUCAAAAGGAUCAACCUCUGCUGAGUUCCCCUGCCAGCUUUUUGUAGACACUGCUGUUUAUUCCAGAAAUCGCUGCUUUCGUUUAGCUCUAUCAUCCAAGGCUGGGAAGAAUUCAGUGCUUCUACCUACGGGGCGUUUCAAAUGCAAGGACAUGUGUGAGGAAGAAAUGUUCAUGGCAUCCUUGAUCUGCAAUAUUGAUGUUGACUGUGAGAAGUUUCUAGUCUGUAAAAUGGAUUUAAAUUGUGUGAAGACCCUACAUUUUGAUAUGGAGGAGAACCAUAAUUGUAGAAAACAUUCCAGCUCCCCUCAAGACUUUGCAUUGAGUGCUUGCACAAGCAAUGUUUCAGGCACAUGCUUCAUGGGAAAUUCACCGUUCCCAGCUUUGGAUAUAUUCGUAGAAUCCAUUGCCUCCAUUGGAAAUGUAUCAGGAAAAAUUCGAAGCUGGUAUUGGUUCUCAGAAUACAGAUUGAUGGUCUACAGCAUGUCAAGAAAUAGAUACUGUGAGCGAAUUGGCAGACAGCAUAAAAGCAAUCAUGUUAUCUAUGUUGUUGACCUCAGAAGGGCUGUUUUUUAUCAGAAAUGUCAUGAUCCAGAUUGCAGAGGUUAUCGGUCUCCCUUGCGUCCAAUACCAACGGAUGUCAUUCCCAAUACAGCAGUUCUCAUGGAUUCAGUACAGACAGAGCAUCAUGUAGAGUCAACCAGCAAUCACCUUGGAUACAGUCUUGUGGAAAAUGAUCAGGAAUGUGUUUCAAUUUACAAUGACAAAAGCAUUACCGACAGCUGCAGGAAAGAUGCAUGGUGGCUUGAAGCCAUAAGAUUUGCAGAUAAUGUCGAAAGUGUGCAACAUAUGCAAGACCUCAGUGACACGGUUAGACCGUUUGCUCUACUCAUACAGGAAAACAUAGAUGAUGAAGACGAUGAUUGGUGGAUGGCUGCUGAAAGGACUGCUUCCCAGACUGAACAAACCUACUUCAACCACAAAAGUUAAACCAUCAAAACCAAAUCCAGUUUUCAAUGAUCAAUGUUCAGAGGCAAAAGGAAAGUUUCUUGUGGCAUUUUCCUCUCGAAGAGAAGCUUAACAAUUAGUAGAUUGCCUCGUGAUGUCAUCGGAUGUGGUGAACUCGUGAGGAAGCAAGGGCUUUUACAGACGACAUCAACUUCAGUUGAGCUCAAAACAACUGACAGAUGCAGAGCUGGUGGAAAUCAUGUAAGAAAUCCCAUGCAAUUUAAAAUAAUUAAAUAAGAAAGUAAUAUUCAACUAUAAGUCUUUUUUCUACUUUGACCCCAAAUUAAUUUUUGUCCCACUUACCUACCUUAAUUAAUUAACUCAUUUAUAUAGCUUUUGUUUAA